CACUGCGGCUUACUUUUAAGUUGAUCUGGCGAGUGUACUGUGAUAUUUCUAUGAUUCUACAGUCGGUUCCUCUUCGAUGCUUCCAGCAUCAUGUCAAAAUGUAUUUACUCUACAGCGAUAUUUCUCCUUGCAUUGGCUGAAGCUUCGGUGAUCGCAGACUUCGAUAAAGCUCUUGCAGAAUUUCGAAAAUUAAAAGAAGCCGGAGCCAGCCAAUUGAGGGUCCUGAUGAAAGACACCGACUUGCGCAAGUGUAACACCACAGAAAAUUUUUUAUCGCUCUUGAAUGAGGAAGAUUCAAUCUAUGGAAAGCUGCAGGCAUGCUUUGUGGCGGUCCAAAAAAUACUCAAUUCCGUCGAUGGAAAACCCACUCCACAACACGUCAAACGAGCAGCAAUAACAUUCCUGCGGAGCGACUUGUUUGGUAGCAACAUUCAGAGGUUGAAUCAAAUUUUCCCAUCGGCUAAUAAGGACUUAGCUUCCCUUCCUCGGGCUGCACAAGAUAAAGUCUUGUCAGUCGCAAACGCGUUCAGUGGCACCGCAAAGCAAUUGAAUACGUUAGUGACUUUUUUCAAGACCGAAGCGGAGAGGGACACGACGAAUAUGUAAUCAGUUACUGGCAUCAGAUCUAAACACUGAAAAACUCAAAAUAUGACGUUCUUCAUUUGUUAAGUUUCCGAAAGGACGCGUGGCCGUUCGGGCCCAGCGCUAUCAUUCGCAAACGGUUUGAUUGAUUCCUUGAUCCUUGCAAAAAUUGACAUCGCACGAGAAACGCCUUCAUUGAGCAAAGAUACUCCCUAGCGUUGCCACGGAGGCCGAAUAGUUGCAUCAUUUAAAUACCCGAUCAACUUUGUAGGAGCACGUAGAAUAGCGAGAAGUGCGGCGCUUCACGUGGUGUUCUGUUGAAAAUUGACAUCGCACGAGAAACGCCUUCAUUGAGCAAGAUACUCUUUAGCGUUUCCGCGGAGGCCGAAUCGUUGCAUCUUUUAAAAACCCAUGGAAUCAACAGUGUAGCAGAGGAAUUUAUAGUCAGUAAUGCGGUUGCGUUUUUUUAAAACACAACGCCCGACGACAUUUGUUUCCUUCCUGAAAGCUGCUAGUGAUAAAAAUUAAAUUACUCAAAGAAGUGCUAUUGCGAGGACACCUAAUUUUUUGACAAUCCCUAGCAGUUGGUACAUCAUUCAGAUGAAGAAUUAAAAAAAUGAACUUUAGUGAUUAUUGAUCAAAUAGAAGUUAAAAAAAAAAAACAACGCUUCAAAAGUUGUUUUGAGGCUUGUAAAAAUAUGAAUUUUGUUUCUUUUAAAUACUUUGCGCGCAAGGUAGGUAGGUAUGUAAAUUCAAGAAGUGUAUGAUGGUGAGCCUUUGAAAAAUGAAUGUAUUCGAUUUAAGGAUGGUAAGGUGGAAAAUAAUUUCUUGAAACUAACAAUCAUGUACCUAUUAACUACCUGGUGUGAUAGCUAGCAAUCAAUGAGGUGGAAAAAUAACUAAAAAAUAUACUAGGAAGAUAAUUUAUGCUUUAUUCAAAUUCUGAAGAGAAUAAAAAAAUCACAGCUAAAUCUGAGCAACGAUUUGAAAGGCAACUCUGGCUGUAACUUUGCAUACUUUAAACAGGAAUGUAAUGUUAACACUUGAAAAUUUGUCUAAAAAAUGUUUAAAAAACCUAUACUUAAAAAACCCCUAUGACUAGAUUUUAAGGAUUCCAAAAAAACCGAACAGGAAGAGACCAAUUAAGAAAUAGUGACAGUAUGAAUUACAGUUCAUGAAAAAA